AUGAGCUCCCCCGGGGCCGAGGGGGCGGGUAGGGCCCCCCAGCACCACCGCGUGGAUCACCUGCUGAGCGCCGUGGAGAGCGAGCUGCAGGCGGGCAGCGAGAAGGGAGACCCCACGGAGCGGGAGCUGCGGGUCGCGCUGGAGGACAACGACCUGUGGCUGCGCUUCAAGGAGCUCACCAACGAGAUGAUCGUCACCAAGAACGGCAGCGUGAACGGGGAGUGGGUGCCGGGGGGGAAGCCGGAGCCGCAGGCGCCCAGCUGCCUCUACAUCCACCCCGACUCGCCCAACUUCGGCGCCCACUGGAUGAAGGCGCCCGUCUCCUUCAGCAAAGUCAAACUCACCAACAAGCUCAACGGCGGAGGGCAGAUCAUGUUGAACUCUCUGCACAAGUACGAGCCGAGGAUUCAUAUCGUGCGAGUGGGUGGCCCGCAGCGGAUGAUCACCAGCCAUUCCUUCCCAGAGACCCAGUUCAUAGCUGUGACGGCCUACCAGAACGAGGAGAUCACAGCUUUAAAAAUUAAAUACAAUCCAUUUGCAAAGGCAUUUCUUGACGCAAAAGAAAGGAGCGAUCACAAAGACAUGAUGGAGGAAGUGGGAGACAACCAGCAGUCUGGGUAUUCGCAGUGUAGUUGGCUUAUUCCCGGGACUGGGACUCUGUGCCCACCUGCCAGUCCUCACCCUCAGUUCGGAGCCCCCCUGUCGCUCUCCCCUGCUCACAGCUGUGAAAGGUACUCAUCGCUGAGGAACCACCGUCCUGCCCCUUACCCCAACCCCUACACCCAUAGAAACAACUCGCCAACCUAUGCCGAUAACUCCUCCGCCUGCCUUUCCAUGCUGCAGUCCCAUGACAACUGGUCUUCUCUAGGAGUUCCCACACACACGACGAUGCUGCCCAUGAGCCACAGCACCGGCACAGCUACCAGCUCCAGUCAGUAUCCUAACUUAUGGUCUGUGAGUAACAGCACCAUCACGCCAGUGUCUCAGUCGAGCGGGAUGUCCAACGGCCUGAGCUCCCAGUUUUUACGUGGCUCUCCAGUGCACUACACUGCCCUUCCGCACCCGGUCCCCGCUGCCUCCUCCGCCUCCCCCCUGUACGACAGCGGGGCACCCACGGACCUGCCCGACAGCCAGUACGAUGCCUCCGCACAUGCCAGGCUAGCAUCCACGUGGACGCCUGUCACCCCCCCUUCCAUGUAA